UCUGAGCAGACAGCAGCGUCGCUCCAGCAGUGCAGGGUUCAAGUCGCUGGUGCUGCAGUUUGUUCAAAGCCGAGCCAGAAACAUUUGCUUGGUCAUAAUUAAGAGGAUAAAGGUCAGCGACGAUCAGUGGAGGAGAGACUCAACAAACACAGAUAUCAGCGAGAUUUACUCAUCGAGUAUGUGUGGUGUUGAUGUGGACCUGGAUGAUGAAGGAUCAGCUGAGGAGGAGAAGGAGGAGGAGUUCUGGGUCGGGGAUGCGGUGAAGAUGCUGCCCCCACCCGUGGCCCACAGUGAUGGCAGUGCAUGGGGCAGCCGCAGGGGCAUGUGUGGCUUUGUGGCCUGCGGGGCGGUUCUCAUCGCCUGGAACCUGUGCGUAGUCUCAGUCAGUGCUUUGCUGCUGGCAAUGGUCUUCUCUGUGGUGCUACUACCUGCAGCCCUGCUAUUGUUUGCCGGUUUCCUUUGCCACUCCAGGGUCCUUGACGCCCCCUCAGCUAUCUGCCGCUACCUCGAUGACAACAGCUGCUCCGCCCUCAUCAUUCUGGGCUUUGUCAUGAUGUCGCCCCUCGUAGUGGUGGCGGCGGCAGUUUUCUGCGGGCUCCUGAGAAAGUUUCGGCUCCUUCUUUUCAUUCAGCCGAUCUCCAGGGCUCGGUAUAGAGGGAGGCUGCUGGACUGGGUGGGAAACGUCCACGCCUGGGUGUGAGAGGAGGGGAUCAGGAUUCGUAUGGUGUGUGGAGAGUGAGGAGUAGAAAGGUAAAAAGAAUGAUCCGGAGGACACAAUAAAGUAUUCAAUCUCCAGUGUAAACACUACAACAGUGAUUAGAAAAGUCAGCCUUUGGAUAGUUUUUUCUCUAAAUGUGCAAUUAGUUUGAUUGUCUUCACUAAGUUUCAGUUGUUACAACAUCCUUUUGAAUAUUAUGUCUUUUUAUACAACUGUUUUUCUUUUAUUUCUAUUAAUUUUCAUGUUUAUAUUAUUUAGCAGUAUAAAGCAAACUUUGGGUGUUUUUAAAUGUGCUUUAUAAAUGAAUUGGGCAUUGUAACUAAAAUGAGCUGUAUUCAAAGGUAAAUUAAUGGCUGGGGUUGGAAAACCCCGCUAUAAAAUUAAAAUAGUCUGUCAAUACGUUGAUUACAAGCCAAAAAAAAAUCUGCUAGCCAAAGCUGAUUUUUUUUAAUGGUUGCAUGUUCAUCUCUUAAAUAUAUUUGCUUUUGCUGCAUCAGUUCCUAUUCUCCAUAUGUCUUUUAAAAGAAAUCGCUACCAAAGCCUGUAUCCAGAUGAUGUAAUUUAGUCCUAUUUCUAAAACAAAGAACAAAUAAAAUGUAUAAAAAGCACUCAAAAGAAGAUUUAGACAUAAACAUAUAAGUAAAUACCUGAUAAAUGAAAAUGAGUUUUUGUUUGAUCAUUUCUUGUUACCCUGACCUGUGCAGAUCUCUCUUUUUGGCCUGAAUUUGUCAAGGUGUUCUAAUGUCAGACUUUCACAGUGAAGUAAAAUUUUAAUUGGGAUUUUAUGUGAUAGACCAACGCAAAGAAGUGUAUAAUUGUUGAGUGGAAGGAAAAUGAUACAUGGUUUUCAAAAUAGUUUUGCAAAUUAAAAUCUGAAUAGCGUGGUGUAGAUUUGUAUUAAGCCCCCCUGACUGAGGACUUUGUGGAACCACCUUUAGUGGCAUGAACAGCUGCAGAUCUUUUACUGUAUGUUUCUACCAGCUUUGCACAACUGCUUACUUUUCUUUGCUAAAUAGCUCAAGCUCAGUCAGAUUAAAUGGAAAGUGUCUGUAAACAUCAAUUUGUCUUGCAACAGAUUAGAUUACAUUAAGAUUUUGACUUUGACUAGGCCAUUCUAAUACAUGGCUAUGCUUUCAUCAAAGCUAUUCCAUUGAAGCUUGGUUGUUUCAUCUGUGUUGUGUUUUUUGAUUUAUUCUUUUAAUUCAAUUUACGGCAACAUGUCGUCUUAAAGAACUGUAAAAAGUCAAUUCCAUCAAAUUAAACAGAUUUCAAGUCAGGUACAUACACUCCAAUUGAUCCAAGCUAUCAAACAGUGCAGUCAGAUUCAGUUUAUUAUUCAAAUUGGUUAAAACGUUUUUCUUUCUAAGGGAACCCAGCAGAUAGCAUCGAGUCAGUGACUUGUAGCAUUCACUCCUAGAUGAGCACGUAGCGACAGUGGACAGCCACUUGCAUUGACCUUUACUAAGGUUUGUUUUCUUCCUGUUUUUUUCUUGCUUGGUUAUUGUCCUGGUUGUGUUCUGUUCUUUAUGUCAUUAGAUUCUGAUUUAAGUUACUCUUUCCUGGUUCUGUGUUUCUUACCUUGUCCCCUAUGUAUUCUUUACUGAGUUCAUUCAUGAUUUUGCCUCAGCUCUCCAGUUCACAGCUGCAGUGCCUUCUGUUAUUCAGACUCACCUGGUUCCGGUUACACUGAUUUCAUCCCCAGCAGCCAUAAGCCUGUUAGUUUCCUAAAUUUUACGCCAGAUCCUCUGGUUUUCCUGUCUUCUGGUUUCCUAAACUACAGUUCAUUGUUCUGCCUAUUUGUUGUCCUCACUAGAGUUUUCUGCAGUUCCUCUUUUGCUCCUUCCAUGUUUGUGUCAGAUCUUUCAAUAAAUCAUUAAUAUAAAUAUGA